GGCCGCGGGGCGGGCAGUGGACGGCCGCCGGCGGGCGCUGGGAGCGGGCCGCAGGCCCUCGGAGCGGGACUUGGCGGGCCGAGCCGUGAGGGCCGCGGCAGAAGGGGUCCUGUGCCCGGGCUGAGAAGGCUGGGGCGGGUCCGGCCUGGGCUGUCCGGUCUCUUCAGACCCCGACCCCGGAAACGGGCGCCCGGAGCGCCGCGGCCCCACUCUAAGGGCUGCAGCUCCGCCGGAGCACCCCCGCCCGCCCCCGGAGCGUUGGCCGGUGCCCACUGUCAGCAAGUUAUUCGUCCCCCGCCUCUUCAGAAUGGAAACAGACUGUAAUCCCAUGGAACUAAGCAGCGUGUCAGGAUUUGAAGAAGAUGCCGAGCUCAAUGGUUUUGAAGGAACUGACGUGAAAGACAUGAGGCUGGAAGCUGAAGCAGUUGUCAAUGAUGUUCUCUUUGCUGUUAACAGCAUGUUUGUCUCCAAGAGUCUGCGCUGCGCAGACGACGUGGCCUACAUCAAUGUGGAAACGAGAGAGAGGAACAGAUACUGCCUGGAGCUCACUGAAGCAGGGCUAAGGGUGGUAGGCUAUGCUUUUGACCAAGUGGGUGAUCAUUUACAGACUCCCUACCAUGAAACAGUCUACUCCUUGUUGGAUACACUCAGCCCUGCCUACCGGGAAGCAUUUGGAAAUGCACUCCUUCAGAGACUGGAAGCUUUGAAAAGGGAUGGACAGUCAUGACUAAGCUUUUUCAUUUUAGAAGGGGCUGCUGCUGGUACACAGUGUUGAUAUAAAGCUUGAAAUUCUUGCACAGUCAUAAUAGAAAAUGCAUCUUGGGUUUUGUGUCCUUAUCAUUUAUUGCUUCAGAUUUAGGCUUUUGACUCAGCACAUUAUUAGCUAAGGAACUCUUAGUUGCUGAUGCAUUAAGGGAAUCCUGAGGCCAUUGCUGUGACACCAUUAUUAAGACAUUCAGAUUUCUUCAUAUAGUAUCUCUGCAUUUUAAAACCUAAUCAGUAUUUCAUUCUGUUAUUACAGGACUUAGAUGCUGCCAGCACUCUCUUUUACAUAGGAAAUUCUAGAUUUGCACAGUAAUAUAGGAAUUAAAAUGACCUAACUUCAAACUUUGAUUCAGCUUGCUAAAUCAGGGGUUUACUACUAGCUUGGACUGACUUUGUUUUUGCUACGAGCCUUAUUGGAAACAAAUUAUUAACUAGUUUCCCCUGCACAAAUUUUGAAAUUUCACUGCUUUACGUAAUCUAUUUAUAUUACUAAUAUGACUGGUAAAGAUGAAUUAAUUAUAUAUUACUUAUCUAGUAUUACAUGAAAAACAUGUACUGAAAUAGUUCUGUAUUCCUUGUUUGCAACAGCCAGCCAGCUAAGAGGACAAACCGUUAGCAAAUGAAUGUAAUAAUUACUUGUUUCCAAGAUAUCUAAGCACAUAAGCAAAUGUAGGAACAGGCUCCAUUCUUUUUCUUAAUAAAAAGCAUCUUCAAUGUGUGUUAUUUAAAAGAAAGAAGGUUCUGAUUUCCUAGAAAACAAUAUUUUGGCCUGUGUGGGUUCUUAUUAUGAAUGUGUGUUUACAUGAUGUACAGUAUAUAUUCAGAAAGUAUUUUUGCUUCAAGGUUUACUUUCUAUAAUGUAGCGCUUUGGUAUUCCCACAGUGCCCCUCCUUCCCUAACAGACGCACAGUGUUCUGUCUCUGGGCCAUUGUAUCGGUUUGAAACCAAAGGAUGAGUGAAGCACUCAGAGACUUACUAUUUGAAAAAGGGAGACUCUGUUUUUAUAUUUUAUUACAGGUACUAAUAUUUAUAAAAAUAACUAUGCCAUGCUGCUACAUGUUUUCAAAUAUACAUUAAAUAAUAAGGAUUGGGGAAUUGCUUUUUUAAUAGUAGUCUAAAGCAGCGGCUGUAGAAAUGUCGAACUAAAAUUCUACACUUGGACACCUUCAUAAUUUGUCAUUUGCAGACUUUUUAAAUCGUACUUUCAGACUCUGAAGAUGAUGUAGACCAGAGCAAACUAAAAUUUGGUUUAGGUCAAAGUUCACUGGAAUGCUCUACUUAAUGUUUGAUAAAUGCACGUUCAUUCUCCACUUUUUUUUAGAUGCUUAACUCUUUGGGCAAUGAAGUCUAAUGUCAGGUUGGACUUUUUCAUGUUUAAUCUCAGGCUAAAUGUAAAGGGUAUUUGUAAAGUUUGAAUAAAAUUCUCUUUACUCAUUUUGAGUUAAGUAAAGAAAA